GAAGAAAUCGCAGCCAACAACCCGGCAGUAGGUGGAGCUCCGCCUUUGAGCAAAUACUGGCAAAACAUUUAACGAGGCGGGGGGGGGGGGGGGGGGGGGGAGGCUGCCAGAAAAUGGCAGUGUGUGAGACCUCCUCUCCCCAAGGGCAGGGAGACUGGCUGCCAAGGCUGGACGAGGAGCCCCCUCGCUAUAAAGGAGACAGCCCGCACACCGGGACUCUCAGCACUCGCUGCUCCCUCCACAGGCAACUCUCGCCGAGCGCAUUUGCAUUUCACAAGGGAACCGGUACCUCUCAUUUCACCAGCUGAUUUCAACUGAUUUAAAGAGAUACUCCUGGGCAGGCUGAUCCCGAAAGUUUUUAUUGCUCCGAAUCUGAGGCCGAUCACCAGUUGCUUCACAGAUCAUCUUGGAAUACAGGAGGACUGCCGUUUAUAGACUAGAGAAGGAACACCUGAGGCUUUGGUGCAAAGCUCCCUGCGAGUUGGAUCAUUGGAAACAGAUUUAAAUUUCUGAGAAUACAAUAUGAAGGUUCAAUUGCUACUCCUUGCCAAUCUGAAUCUCAUCUGUGCAUUCAUCCCAGUGCAUGAAAUGAACCCAACGUUUUGGAGGAACCAAGCCCAGGAUACACUGAAAAAUGCCCUCAACUUGCAAAAACUCAACAUUGGCGUUGCAAAAAAUGUUAUUCUUUUCCUGGGGGAUGGUAUGGGUGUCCCCACGGUGACCGCUGCUCGAAUUCUAAAGGGCCAAUUGGAAAACAGGAAUGGAGAGGAAGGGUUCUUGGAAAUGGACAAGUUCCCACACGUGGCUCUUUCAAAGACCUAUAACACCAACGCCCAAGUACCUGACAGUGCUGGCACGGCAACGGCCUACCUGUGUGGCGUGAAGGCAAACGAAGGCACCGUGGGUGUGAGCGCGGCCUCAGUGCGUAAACAGUGCAACACCACCUUUGGCAAUGAGGUGACAUCCAUUCUGAAGUGGGCAGAAGAUGCUGGCAAAUCAACGGGCAUCGUCACGACUACACGGGUGCAGCAUGCCACGCCCAGCGCUGCCUACGCACAUUCCGUGAACCGGGACUGGUACUCAGACUACGAAAUGCCAUAUGAGGCGCUGGAGCAAGGCUGCAAGGACAUCGCGCAGCAGCUCAUUUACAACAUCCCUGACAUCGAGGUGAUAAUGGGUGGCGGCAGGAAGUACAUGUUCCCAAGGGACACUCCUGAUGUUGAAUAUCCCAAUGAGUGGAAAGCUAACGGCUCCCGGCUCGAUGGAAAGAACCUGGUGGAGGAAUGGAAACACUCGAAAAAGGACAAGAAAGCUCAUUAUAUCUGGAACCGAGAGCAGCUGAAGAAACUUGACCUGAAUGAAGUGGACCAUUUAAUGGGUCUUUUUGAACAUGGUGACCUGCAGUACGAGUUGGAGAGAAAUAAAACUUCUGACCCUUCACUCGAAGAGAUGGUAACAGCAGCUAUCAGGAUUUUGAGCAAGAAUCCAAAAGGCUUCUUCUUACUUGUGGAAGGUGGCAGGAUAGACCAUGGGCAUCACGAAGGCAAAGCUAAGAUGGCCCUAUUUGAAGCAGUGGAGAUGGACAAAGCCAUCGGAAGGGCUGGCACAUUGACGAGAGACACUGAUACAUUAACAGUUGUCACCGCUGAUCAUUCUCACGUCUUUACCUUUGGCGGCUACACGUUUCGAGGAAACAAUAUAUUUGGCCUUGCUCCGUAUUUAAGUGAUGUGGACAACAGGCCAUUCACCUCGAUACUCUACGGAAAUGGACCUGGCUAUGCCUUGGAAAAUGGAGAGAGGGCAAAUGUUUCAACGAGUGAAAUCAAUGAGAACCAUUACCAGGCGCAGUCGGCCGUCCCGCUGAGGCACGAAACACACGGAGGGGAAGACGUGGCCAUAUUUGCGAAGGGCCCGAUGGCCCACCUCUUCCACAGCGUACACGAGCAGAACUACAUCCCGCACGUGAUGGCGUACGCGGCCUGCAUUGGCCAGAACCGGGACCACUGCACUAACCUCAACACCUUGCCCUGCGACAAUGGCGCCUGGGCUGCCCAGGGCACCAGUGCAAUCUUGUUAGCCCUGCUGGCACUACUGGCCUGUGUCUAGCUCAACAUCUACCUGGGACUUGCUCCAGGACGGACUGUCCUAUUAGUCAGGAAUCCACCACCCUCUUUUCAGUACAUUGGCUAUGGCCUGUGAAACAUUGUGGUCAGAGGAAGGAGUCACGGGAAGGAGCUGAGUGUAUCUAGAUGAAGCUAGCCACAGUCUCUCUGAUCACAGUGCACCAUAAGCUCAAAAUGGCCAAUUCCCUCCCUGCCUUCCAUCCUCACUUCCCUCGCCUACCUCCUAGAUCCUCCCACAGAGCCUCAAAUUGAGACCUGCAAUUUAAAGGCAUGAACCUUAAACAAAAACCACUAGCUAACUACGUAGCAAAAUGAAUUUUGAUAGCUAAAUUCCAAGUGCAGCCACUCUUGCAGUGACUGGCUCCCCCUGCUUCCUGGUCUGCCGGAGACCUAAUUCCGAGUUCCUGGGUAUCCCCAGUGGAUGAUAUCCGUGCCUGGUGCAAUGACCAACCAGACCCUACGCUCACACCCUCUGUCACAAAACAAGAUUCUCCUCACGUUCACCCGCACCCCAUUGGAUUGGAACCAUCGACUGAAUGAGAGCCAAGCACCAGCUCACCCUGAUGAGAUUCUCACAGCGAUGAAAACAUCCCUGUCUCUUUGCACUGGUGCUGGACAAUCUCUCCAUCCCCCCUCCCUCUUGAAGAUGCCAUUGAGUCAAUCACUGCGUCCCUCUCCAGCUUUCUAUGAAGUGUUUCUUCAUAGUUAGUAAAGCAGCAAAUAAAUGGGUGAAUGAGGGGGAGAGUGCGUGGUGGGUGACCUGAUAUCUGGCAUGGAAAAGCUAUCCUCAGUGCAAGCCUGUUAAUGGGGAUACGCAUGACUGGACUGUUGGUUAACCUCUCAGCAUGGAGGAACCAUCCCCAAAGGAAGCUGCCACAUGAGAUGUUGUCAGAUUACAAUGGCUCUACCAAAUGGAUAAGUGGCAACCCUGGCGGACUUGCUUCUCAUGCACCCCUCCCCCCUAACCCCAAAGGCAAUGGUAUUUGCUAAAUUUAAUGCGAUCCAUAGAUCUCGCCAGCUUCCGAGAACUCUUGAGGUAAUAGUGUUUUGUCUCGCAUUGGUUUCAGACAACCAGAACAAUGCCAGCGUUUGGAUCUUCCAGCAUUAGACUGUGCAAAACCCCAGGAACAUUGUCUUUUGCAUCAAGACUUUGAGCAUUACUCUUGCAGAAGACCCAUUUUAAUGUUUUUCUACCUUUUUAAAUAGUCAUAUGAAGCAUCUCUGCGCCAAAAUAAAAGAAAAUCUGCGAAUAUUGGAAGCCUGAAACCAUAGCAUAAACUGCUGGAAAUUCUUAGUAGGUCGGGCAGCAUUUAUGGGUAGAGAAACAGAGUUAACAUUUCAGGUCGAACAUCCUUCAUCAGAAAGUUCUUUUAACCAAUCUUUGACCUGAAGCGUUAACUCUGUUUCUCUCUCUAUAGAUACUGCCUGACCUGCUGAGUGUUUCUUUGCACAUUCUGCUUUUUAAAUCUCUGUUCCAAAAGUUGGAUUAAUGUCAAAAUAACAAUUUACUACAGUCUGCGUGUGCUUUUAUUCCUUUACUCCAAUUUUCAUUUGUAGAAAUGUGAUCAAAAGGAACUGCAGACGCAGGUUUAUACAAAAGGUGGAGACAAAAUGCUGGAGUAACUCUGCAGGUCAGGCAGCAUCUCUGGGGAAAAUGGAUAAGUGACGUUUCAGGUCGGGUCUGAAGCCUGAUGUCCUGAGUUACUGCAGCAUUUUGUGUCUAUCUUUUAUUUGUAAAAAGUUCUGUGUUUCCCAGUGGGCGCCGACUCCAGAUCUCUAUGGGUGAUCGGAGUUGUUGGAUAAUCUCAUAAAAGGCUACUUUCGUAUUGCAAUUGCUCAUAUACCCUUCCCUUUUAGUCAGGAGGGUGUGGGGAGUUUAGUCACUGAGAUUGUGUUCAACAUGCUGCCACUGUGUUAUCAAUGCUCAUGACUCCAUGAAGAAACCUGAACACACCUUUGGAGCAGAGGUUUUUUGAAGUGUUUCCUGAAUCUGACCGCUCGACUUUGGAAUUCACUUCAAAUUCUCUUUCAACUUAUCCAUCAGGGAAUGAGUAUUAGCAGAAAUCGCAGAUUUGAAACAUAUAGAGAUGUGGAUAAGCAUAAAGUUAUUUGUUAUCUAUUAAGACAUCAUUGAGGUAUAACACCACAACAUUUUAAUGGUUGAAUAUAAAGCCUUCUGUAAAUCGAACUCAAAACAUAUUUCAAACUGUGUUCCUUUGUGUUAACAAUAUUACCUUUGUAGUUACAGAAAGCUUUUAUAAAAUAAAAUGUUUUCACUGUUUUAUCAAA